AUGCCGCCGAAACCCUUUCCGACACAUUUUCUCUGCAUCCCACUGGUCACACCCUCUUCUCGGCCACAGUUGGCACAGACUCUGGAAGCCUUCGCUGCUGAUGUUUCAAGCCCCGCCAGCUUUGGAAUCCCCCGAGAUGCCAUCCGGCCAGUCGGCACCAUGCACCUCACCCUGGGGAUGUUCGCCUUCCCUAGGGGCGAAGGCCUCGAGGAGGCGACGGCUCUGCUGAGAUCGCUGAGGCUGAAGGACUUGCUGGCAGCCCCGAGGCGAGCAGGGUCUGGGCCGGAAGAGCCGAGCAUGGAGCCGCCGACCAUCACGCUCCAGGGACUGGCGCCGAUGCAGUCGGCCUCCAAGGCCUCGAUCCUAUAUGCACCUCCGGUUGACCAGCUUGGCACCCUCCAGGCGUUUUGCGAAAGACUCAGGGCGGUAUUCCAGGAGGCCGGACUCCUCAUCCUGGAGACCCGGCCGCUUCUCCUACAUGCGACAGUCCUGAACACCAUCUAUGUCAGGGGAGGGAGAGACGCCAGGCAGAACAGGGGGAAGCGGGGGGAGAAGCUGACCAUCGAUGCGCGCGGGAUACUAGACCGCUACGAAGACCAGGUCUGGAUGGAGAACUUCAACGUCGAGAAGAUCGCCCUCUGCAAGAUGGGGAAAACCAUCCCCCCCCCUUUAUCUACCGAUCCCCGGACCCGCCCCCCGCACUUGAUGCCCCGGAAGCUCAAGCCCAUGAGCCCGCCCGACAAGCGCCGCGUCCCGGCGCCGGGCACCGGCUCGUCGCCGUCCCGCGCCGUCCGAACCGGCGGCGGCGCUUCCGCGAACCCCUCGACCUCCUCAGCCUCCACAAACCCCACCGCCUCCACCUCCACUUCCGCCUCCGCCUCCGCCUCCAUCCGGGGCCUCGGCGUCAUCGCCCCACCGCCCCGCGCCGCCCUGAGCGGCUCCUCGUCCCCCGCACCUGACAACCGCGACGGCGGCGGUGGCGGCGGCGGCGGACCGACGCAGCCGCCACCCAACACGGGCAAGGACGGGGGAGGAGCUGGAGGAGGAGGAGGAGGAGGGCACCUGGGAAAGGCCGCUAACAGCGGCGGCAGCCCAGGCGAGGCGGCCCAGGCCCAGGCCCAGGCCAGCCGGGACAAGGACGACCGGAUCGCGGGCCUGGAGCGGGAGCUCUGCGUGAUGGAGGGCGAGUUCCGGCGGGAGCUGGACCGGCUGAGCGCCAACGAGAGCGAGGUCGCGACGUUCUGGCAGGCGCGCUGCGGCGCGCUGGGCGCGGAGCUGCGCCUUGCGCGCGACGAGGCCGGGGCCCUGCGCGCAAGCCGCGACGAGGCGGCCCGCGAGCUCGCCGCCCGCGACGCCGAGGUGCGCGCCCUCAGGUCCCAGGUGCGCGGGCUCAAGGAGUGGGUCAGCACCAGCACAAGGUCCGACGGGCAGACCCGGACGAGCGACGAGGUGUUUGGCGACGGUAUGGCUAGGCUGGGGAAUGGUCUGCAGAACUGGGUCAUUGUCAACUUUAGGAGGGUAAAGCUUGACCUAUCGGGAGCGGACGAGUCUACAGUAAGCGAGCUAGGCCGGCUCGUCCCGGCAUACGAGGACCUAGCCAUGACCUCAAAGGUCCACCUCUUGCAGUCCAUCGUGUCGAGGAUACUGGUCGAGCUGGUAUUCGACGCAUACUUCGUCGGCCUGCCGCCUGAGAAGGCACUGCAGCUCGUGGAACUAGAGGCGUUCUUGUCAUCGUUUGCGUCGUCAGCCGAGCCCAUCAACCAGUGGCGGUCAUUGACUCUCACCAUCCUCAAGAAGGGCGCAGCGAACGAGAUGCAGGCGGAGACGUCAAGGAUAGCAGAGACGGUCGUCUCCAGGGUCAACAGCAUCCUGGACUCGAUAACAGAAGCGACCAGCACCGAGGCCCGCGACCAGGCUCUGAGAGCGCUAGUGACCAGUUCGGUAGAACUGUCGCGGCUCCUGGUGAUUCAGAAAGCCGUCUUCAAGGUGUCGAUGCCCGAGAUCCUCCCGCAUCAGAAAACCAUGUUCGAUCCGUCGACGAUGGAGGACAUCGGCGGAGAGGACGAGGAGAGCCUUGCGCGACGGGAUAUAUGCUGCGUCACGUUUCCGGGUAUCAUAAAGACGGGCGACGAGAACGGGAGUCAUCUACAGUACAGGAAUGUCAUCUCCAAGACACGAGUGCUAUGUAGUCCCGAAUGA